GCCACUGGGGGCGCUCGCCCUCACGUCGUAACCAAUGGAGCCCAGAUGCUGGGCGUACGCACGCUGCUGGCCUUAGCACCACACCACGCGAUGCCAGCCUGAGUGGAGGAAGUGGCUGGAGCACAUUGGGGAGACCGGGCUGCGGCGGCGGUGUUGGAGACGAUGUCCUUGGAAGUGACCAGGGCGGCAGCAGGCAUGGUACUGGCAGAGCUGUAUGUGUCGGAUCGAGAGGGAGAUGAUGCCACAGGAGAUGGAACCAAGGAGAAACCGUUUAAAACAGGUCUAAAGGGUGGCAUGGCGGGGCCACAGUUCAUAGUGGCUGCAAACAGCAAGGCGGAAACCGGCAAGAGAGAGAGAGAUACACCACCUUCUUGCCUUUACAUCAUAUCCUGGCUCCACCUCCAGGCUUUGAUGACAGUAGGAAAAGAACCAUUUCCUACCAUUUACGUAGAUUCACAAAAAGAAAAUGAGAGGUGGGACGUUAUUUCUAAAUCACAAAUGAAGAACAUUAAAAAACUGUGGCAUAGGGAACAAAUGAAGACUGAAUCCCAGGAGAAGAGAGAGGCAGAAGAUAGUUUGCGAAGAGAAAAGAACCUGGAAGAAGCCAAGAAGAUAUCCAUCAAAAAGGAUCCAAGUCUGCCAGAGCCAAAGUGUGUGAAGAUUGGUGCAUUAGAAGGCUAUAGAGGCCAAAGAGUAAAGGUGUUUGGCUGGGUCCAUAGGCUUCGUAGACAAGGAAAGAAUUUAAUGUUCCUGGUGUUGCGAGAUGGUACAGGUUAUCUUCAGUGUGUCUUAUCAGAUGAUUUGUGUCUGUGUUACAAUGGAGUAGUCUUGUCCACUGAGAGUAGUGUUGCAGUUUAUGGAACGCUGAAUCUUAUCCCAAAGGGCAAGCAAGCUCCGGGGGGCCAUGAGCUGAGCUGUGACUUCUGGGAGCUCAUAGGCUUGGCCCCUGCUGGAGGAGCUGAUAACCUGAUCAACGAGGAGUCCGACGUUGACGUCCAGCUCAACAACAGGCACAUGAUGAUCCGGGGAGAAAACAUGUCCAAAAUCCUGAGAGCACGUUCUGUGAUCACCGCCUGCUUCCGAGAGCACUUCUUUGACAGGGGCUACUACGAAGUGACCCCUCCAACACUGGUGCAGACGCAGGUGGAAGGUGGCUCCACACUCUUCAAGCUGGACUACUUUGGGGAAGAGGCAUUUCUGACUCAGUCCUCUCAGUUGUACCUGGAGACCUGCCUUCCCUCGCUGGGAGACGUGUUUUGUAUUGCACAGUCAUACAGGGCAGAACAGUCCAGAACACGAAGGCACCUGGCUGAGUACACUCACGUGGAAGCAGAGUGCCCUUUCCUGAGCUUUGAGGACCUCCUGAACCGAUUGGAAGACUUGGUUUGUGACGUCGUAGAUAGAGUCUUAAAGUCGCCAGCAGGAAGCAUAGUGUCUGACCUCAAUCCGAACUUCAAGCCCCCCAAACGGCCUUUCAAAAGGAUGAACUACACAGAUGCUAUCGCGUGGCUGAAAGAACACGAUGUAAAGAAAGAAGAUGGGACUUUCUAUGAGUUUGGAGAGGAUAUCCCGGAAGCUCCUGAGAGACUGAUGACAGACACCAUUAAUGAACCAAUCUUGCUGUGUCGAUUUCCUGUGGAGAUCAAGUCCUUCUAUAUGCAGCGAUGUCCUGAGGACCCCCGUCUUACUGAAUCAGUGGACGUGUUGAUGCCCAAUGUUGGUGAGAUCGUGGGAGGCUCCAUGCGUAUCUGGGACAGUGAAGAAAUCCUGGCAGGUUAUAAAAGGGAAGGCAUUGAUCCCACUCCCUACUACUGGUACACAGAUCAGAGAAAAUACGGUACAUGCCCUCACGGAGGAUAUGGCCUGGGCUUGGAACGAUUCCUGACGUGGCUCCUGAACAGAUAUCACAUCCGAGAUGUGUGCUUGUACCCUCGGUUUGUCCAGCGCUGCAAGCCAUAGUUGGUUUCUCUUAAGUGUGCAGGAAAGAAUAUGAUUCAUGAAAAGAACAGAUUGCCUCUUUAAAAGAAAAAAAGGACAAAGGCCAAAAUUUUCUCUUCAUUGUUCUCUUAGAGUAUAUCUGUUUCUGUCUUAUCUUUUUGUUCCCUCUUUGAUAAAAGGAGUGUACAUUACUGGAACAUCAAGUAAUGUUGAUAUCAUUAUAAGAGAAAUUAUAUGUUACAGAAUUUGGAAAUAUGUGGCAGAGAACUCAGAAGUACAUUUCAACAUUUUAUCCAGUUAUAUGAUAUAAUCAUUGUGUUUAGCAUACUACACAUUAUUAAAUGUCAUACAUAAUUAAAUAGUUUUCAGUUAUGUUCUGAACCAAUCAGGUAACUUAAUCUUUCUGACCCUUUAAGUGUAACUAUGUUUCUUUUAGUUUUUUUCAUUUUAUUGUAUCAAGUUAAAAUAAACAUCUUGAGUAAUUGGCAAAUAUGGCAUAACAGUUUGCUAGUAUUAGAACAACUCAACAGUGCACAUAACUGGUUUCUAAUGAAUACAGUCUUUUUGAAUCAGUUACUAAUCCAGUUUCAAUUUGUGUAACUCUGUUUAAUACUGAAGCCUUCAAAUUGAUUCAGCAGAACUUGUAGAAGCAAAAUUUCCUUAAACUUUGGCAUAAGCAUAAUUUGGUGGGGAGGCCUAUUGUGAUGAUCCUCAGAGUCUCUCAGCAUUCGUUUAAGGUAAAGAGGCAGACUGACCUUUCCUCCUUCUGGUGAGGUGUUAGAAAUUAAAAAUAAUUAACAUCCGAAUGUAUUUGCAGGUUGAAUCUUAAUGACUUGUGGAUGGCUGCGUGCGUCAUUUUCAUCACCUUAGGUGUGACCUAUGCUACCUAAUAAACUCAUCACAGGCUUAUUGAGUAUCUUCAGCAUAAAUAUGGUUAAUUUCUCCCCCAAAUGCAUGCUGUGUAUUCUCCAUGGGCUGUAUCCCCAGCAAUCAAUAAAUGAACACAGUGAUACUCUCUGCUGUCUUAAUUUUCUCAAA